AUGUGGCAGCGCCGCGUCACGAGCAGGCGCGGCGCGACCGUGCGCGAAAACAUAGAGACGUCGUCGGCGAAAGUCGGCGUGCUCGCGCACGGCACAAAAAUCCAAUGCUACGAGACGGCGACGUCCGCGGCCGGCGUCGCACGAUGCCGCGUCGUCGCGCCGCUGCGCGGCUGGGUGUCGCGCAAAUGCCUCGACCGCGGCGACCCGGUCCUCGAGGCGCACCCGCCGGGCCUCGACGCGCCGAGCUUCGUCCACGUCGUCGUCCACGGCCACGGCGGCGACGGGUCGAUCGUGCGCGACGGCUACUGGCGCGCCGCGGCCGACCGCCGGCCCGACUGCCUCUUCGUCGCGCCGAGCGCGCCCGACGGCUCCUGGUACGAGCUCUGGCUCGACCGCGCCGGCGCGGCGCCCUACGCGGCGCUCGACGGCGACCGGAGGCGCCGGCUGCGAACCGCCUUCGGCGUCUCCGACGAGCGCGGCUACGACGCCGCGCGGAACUACGAGUUCCUCGACGCCCACUUCCCGCAGCUGCCCGUGCGGCGGCGCGAGCUCCACGGGGCCGCGCGGUGCCUCGUCGAGCUGCUGGACUACGUCGUCGACGCGCGGCGCGUCGACCCGUCGCGCGUGCUCCUCUCGGGCGAGAGCCAGGGCGGGUCCGUCGCCGCCUACGCGGCGCUGCAGUCGCCCCACGCGCUCGGCGGCGUCGUCCUCUACCAGACCUUCCUCGCGGACCAGGCCUACAUGCUCGAGUGGGCCGCACGCAACGCCGACGACCUCGCGCGCAAGGCGAAGACGCCGUGGUUCGUCCACUCCGGCGCCGCCGACGACGUGCUGCCGUUCGCGGAUCGGGGCUGCGCGUCGCUGACCAUGGAGCGAGUCCACGGGAGCGUCCUCGACUUCCUCGCGCGGUUUCCCCAGGUCGAAAUCGCGGGCGGCGGCCUCUACGCGGGCGUCGGCCACGGCGGCGACUCGGCCGAGAGCCGCGCCGCGCUGCGCGCCUUCUACGACGCCGCGUUCUCCGCGGACCGGCGGCGGAGCGACCCCGCGUGGAGGGGCGACGACGCGCGGACGCCGGCCCUCGAGGACGCGUGCACAGAUCGAGCACGCAAGCCAAGUAUGGGCAAGCCGCCUUGGCUGCCCGUGGUGGCUGCGUUGUCGCUCGCGACGACGACCGCGCGGAACUCGCUCUGCGCCGACUACUGCGCCGCGGCCAACUCGGACGCGAGCUGCGCGAUCUGCGGCGCGACGGACGUCGUGUCGAUCCACAACGCCUACGAGCGCAGCAGCGGGCGGGCCAUCGGCGACGGGCUCUACGCGGCCGCGUACCUCGCCGAGGUCUGGAAGCCGACGGUGACCCCGUCGCCGUCGCCGCAGGCGGCGGAUCCGCCUGCUGAGAUGACGGAAGGUCCCGUGGACGCGGCGCCGGGGACGGCGCCGAACAGCACGCAAACGUCGCCGCAGAACUCCCCCGUCGGCCGCGUCCCCCAGGAGUCCCCCUCCGUGCGCGCGCGCGUCAAGACCUGGGAGGCCAACAAUCCCAAGAAGCAGAUCAUCACCUUCGGCCGCCCGCCGAGCUCCCGGAGCCCGUCGCCCAGCCUGGAGCCGCGGACCGUCGCCAAACCGCCGCCGCCGCUCCCGGUCGAGGCGACCCUGGCCCCCGUGCGAGCCACCUCCCCCGCCGUCGCGACGUCCCUGUCGCCCUCCGGGUCUUUGGCGUCGCUGGCGUCCCUCAGCGUGCGCGACGACGUCUCCGUGGCGUCGGGCCUCGGGACGCCGCACGAGACCGACGACGACGCCGAGUGGACGACGGUGCGCAUCCGAAAUAGAAAGACGGGCGAGGCCACGGCCGUGCGCGUCAAGAAGGGCACGGACGUCCGCGAGCUCGUCGACCGCUACGCGUCGUCGAAGAACAAGGCCGGCCGCGUCCGCGUGACGAACGUCACCAAAAAAGCCGUCCCCUGUCCGACGCGGCCGCUCGAGCGCCUCUCGUCCAAGGUCUGGAAGGAGGAGGCGCCGCCGCUCCCGCCCGCGCCGGUGCGGCGACCCGGGUUCCUGGCGCUCGCGGUGAUCGGCUUAGCCGCGGGCGCGGGCGCGGGCCUCGGCUUCGGGUAUUCGCGGUCCGCGAAACCGCCGGCGGCCGCGCGGCCGCUGCUCCACAUCUCGGGCAUGGAGGCCGCCCUCGCCGACGCGCGCGCGGCGCGCGACGCGCUGAACCGCAGCUUCGUCGCCGAGCGGCGCGGCCACGAGGCCGCCGUCGCGGCCGCGCGCGCCGAGGCCUCGGACGCGGCGGCCGCCGCCGAGCUCCGCCACGCGGCGGCGCUCGCGGACGCCGCGGCGGUCCGCGACGGCGCCGCGGCGGAGGCCGCCGAAAACGAGGCGCGCUGGGAGGCCGCUUUCGCGGACCUCGAGGCGAGCCGCGACGCGCUCGCGGCGCGCGCGGCCGCGGCCGAGGCGCGCGUCUUAUCGCCCGCGCCCGCGCCGAACCGCGCGCGCCGCGACGCCGUCGCCGUCGCGGCGGGCGCCGUCGGCGUCGUCGCCACGGGCGCCGCGACGGCGCUCCUGCCGCCGCUGCUGCGCCGCGCCGCGCGGCUCGCCGCGUUGUUUCUGCGUCGCGGCCCGCGGCCCGUCGUCGUCGUCGGCCCCGCGGCGCCGCCGCGCCUCGCGGCGCUGCCGCCGAAGUACGCCGCCGUCGCCGCGGCGCCCCGGGCCGUCCCGCCGCCCCGGGCCGUCCCGCCGCCCCGGGCCGUCCCGCCGCCCCGGGCCGUCCCGGCGGCGCGGGCGCCGGCGGCGCGGGUCCCGGCGGCGGCGCCCGCGCCGCCGCCGCUGCGGCCGAACCUCGGCCGCGCGGCGAGCGGGCUCCUCAUCCACGCGCCGCUGGCCUUCCUCAACGGCCUCUUCGCGGGCGGCGAGGAGAAGCGGCGGCCGGGCGCCGCGUCGCGCCUCGCGGGCAUCGCGGUCGCGGCGGCCUUCAUCCUCGCGCCCGACGACGGCCGGACCUGGUAA